AUGGUAUUCCUUGCGUAUAGGAACUCGCACCUGACGCGAGACCAACUGCCUAUCUUAGCGGACAGCAACAAAGCUGUGAAUCUUAGAGCAAAGAUUUUCCCGUAUUUAGAUGCGUUCUAUGUCUCUGCAAACAAGAAUAAAGUGCGAAGUCGGCACAUAUUCUGGGGUAUCAUGGAAGCCCUUCGGAAAGACUAUACUGUCCAGGCCUUGCUACUCGUGGUCCACGCUAUUUUAGGAUAUGUUGCUCCUAUUGGGUUGAACAGAUUAUUAUUCUACAUGGAAAGCGGUGGUCGCGACGCGUUCAUGCGUCCAUGGGUUUGGAUAGCAUGGCUAUUCUGCGGUCCCAUGAUCAGUACAGUCCUGUUUCAGUAUUAUACGUUCCUGUCGGCUACGAAGCGAGUAUGGGCGGAAUCACUCAUCUCGCAGCUUGUCUUCGAGCAUGCAUUGCGCAUUCGCGUCAAAUCUGUGUCGCACUACGCUACCCCAUCCCCUAGUAAACCCAGUUCUCCCACUCCAGAGGACCCCGAAACGUCAACUAGCACCGAGCCUGCCAAACCAGAUAAAUCAAAUACUGAGGACACUGGGAGCAAGGAAGACGGGAAUUUUAUUGGAAAACUCACCAAUCUCAUGUCUACGGAUACGUCUAACAUCAGUGGCGCAGGGGAUUUCCUGUUUCUGGUGGUAUACAUUCCUUUGCAGAUGGCCUUCGGAAUCCUCUUCCUUUACUUCGUGCUUGGUUGGAGUGCAUUUGUUGGCCUAGCUAGCAUGGUACUACUUUUCCCGUUACCAGGUUAUGUUGCCAGUCGUCUUCAAGGUGUUCAACAACAGCAUAUGAAGUCCACUGACGCCCGUGUCCAGAAUGUCACUGAAGCGUUGAGUGUCAUUCGGAUGAUCAAGCUUCUAGGUUGGGAACGCAGGAUGAACGAUCGAAUUAGAAGCACUCGUGAAGAAGAGCUCGCAUGGUUGUGGAAGAGAAAAGUGCUCGGACUUGUCAAUGUUUCCAUCAAUCAUGGUCGCCUCCUUCGCCACAUUACGGUCGUCAUGAAGCAAGACCUAAGCGCCUCCAUAGUAUUCAGCUCUAUGACAGUGUUCGACAUCCUAAGGGGCCAGCUUCACAUGAUCUCAAAUACGCUGACGGUCGUCAUCAAAGGCAAAGUAUCUCUCGACAGAGUCAACGAAUUCCUACACAAAGUCGUUCGCUUCCCCUUGGCACUCUUUGCGAGACUGACGAGCAGCCCAUUUUCUCAGACUGAACUCUUGGACUCUUUUGCUGAUGAUGGGGAGCUCUCUGCCACGGUGAUACCAGCCCCUCCAGUUGUCGGUUCUCAAGAUGUGAUCAUACGUGAGGCGAGCUUUACGUGGGAUGCCGAAAAACCAGUGCCAGGCCAAUCAAGGCGCAAUUUCGUCUUGAAGAUUGACGGUGAAGUUCUAUUCAAGCGGAACGGCAUAAAUGCUAUCCUAGGCCCCACAGGAUCGGGAAAGACUUCAUUGUUGAUGGCUCUCUUAGGGGAAAUGCAUUUUGUGCCAUCUGGACCCAAUUCCUUGUGUAACCUUCCCAGACAGGGCGGGGUGUCAUAUGCAUGCCAGGAAUCCUGGGAAAAUAUCGUGUUUGGGGCUGCUUUUGAUGAAGUGCGGUAUAAGAAAGUUCUUUAUCAGUGUUGCCUGGAGCAAGACCUUAAGUUGUUCGAAUCUGGAGACAACACUGAAGUCGGCGAGAAGGGCCUUACACUGAGAUUCCAGGCACGAGUCACCCUCGCCCGAGCCAUUUACUCUGACGCGGAGAUUAUUAUACUGGACGACGUACUUUCGGCGCUAGACGUUCAUACAGCCAAAUGGAUCGUUGACAAAUGUUUGCGGGGGGAUCUUGUCCAAAAUCGUACCGUAAUUUUGGCCACCCACAACGUAAUGUUGACGGCCCCUGUCGCUCAAUAUGCUGUGACGCUUGGAGCAGAUGGUCGAGUUGUUAGCAGGGGAGCACCAUCGGCUGUCAUCGCCGAGAGCCAGGAGACCCUCGCUGCAGAUAUUGUAGCCCAAGAGGACGCCCUCUUAGAGGCUGAGGCCAUAGCGCCUAAUGAGAUGGAGGUCAAGCCAGAUGGCGAAAGUCAACCAAGUGCCGGCGGAAAACUGAUAGCAGAAGAGGAAAUUGCCGUUGGACAUGUUGAAUGGCCUAUACUCAAGAAGUACUUUGACAGUGUCGGGGGCAAAUAUCCCUUGCUUUUCUACGCUGUGCUUAUUGGCGGUUACAUUCUGAACCAAGCCAUAUUUACAUUUUUGACUUGGUUUUUGGGUUUAUGGGCCGCUCAGUAUCAAAUAAACCCGAAUGUAUCUCCGACAUACUAUUUGACUCUAUAUGGUUGUUUUGUUCUUGUUGCCCUCCUAAUUUAUGUCCUGUCCCAAAUGGUAUAUAUACGGGGCGCUAUCAGGGCAUCAAAAGAAAUACAUGCUCAACUUAUCGAUGCUGUUUUGGGGACUACACUCAGACACGACACCUACUUCGAGAGUAAUUACAAGAUGCACCCAAGAUAUGAAGUCCACUUUAUCCCGCAGUAUCUUGAUAUGCUCCUCGACAUGGCUACAGAUAUGGUGAUCAAGCUGGGCGUGAUCAUCAUCUUCGCUCCGUUGUUCCUAGGGCCUAGCAUCGUAAUUGCCAUCCUGGGGGGUUGGUUAGGACAAGUUUAUAUUGCUGCCCAGUUGCACGUACGAAGAGACAUGUCCAUCGCUAAAGCACCAGUCCUGGGACACCUGGGCGCCGCUAUGGCAGGUCUAAUUUCCGUCCGAGCCUAUGGCGCUGAAGAAGCAUUUAAGAACGAGUCGUUGACCCGUAUUGACGUAUACACUCGUGCGGCGGUCACUUGCUAUAAUCUCAAUCGAUGGUUAUGCGUUCGUAUCGAGCUUCUCGGCAAUACAUUCACAGCUACACUUGCGGCAUAUUUAUUAUACGGACCCCAAAAGGGAGCCAGCAAUACGGGGUUCCUUCUAAACAUGGCCGUGGUCUUUACCGAAAUUAUCUUAUGGUGGGUCCGUAUAUUCAACGAAUUCGAGGUAGAGGGAAAUAGCCUGGAGCGAGUACAACAAUACAUAUGCAUUGACCAGGAGCGGGGUUCAACGGAAAGUGGCAAACCGCCGGCAUAUUGGCCCGCCACCGGCGAUCUCCACGUUGAAAAUCUACGCUCAAGAUAUUCUGCAACUGGCCCAGUAGUGCUUGAUGGACUAACUUUCCAUAUCAAAGGCGGCGAACGGGUUGGUGUUGUUGGCAGGACGGGCUCUGGGAAGAGCACUUUAGCCCUGUCAUUAUUACGUGCCAUUCCUGUGGAUGGGUCUAUGUAUUUGGAUGGAAUACUAACGGACAGCAUUAACCUCGAUGCCUUGCGUUCUACUAUCAGCAUCAUCCCACAAGUGCCUGACCUUCUCAGUGGCCCCCUGCGCCAUAACCUUGACCCAUUCUCCCAAUACGAUGACGCAGUGUUGAACGGUGCUCUCCGGGCCGCUGGGUUGUUUUCCCUCCAGAGUGAUGAAGAUGAGUCUAGAAUCACCCUUGAUACGAUGCUGGGAAGCGGAGGGAACAAUUUAUCCGUCGGGCAGCGACAAAUUAUUGCUCUGGCAAGGGCUCUUCUUAGGCGUAGCAAGAUAUUGAUCCUCGAUGAAGACCAUAAAACAGACGAAAUCAUUCAGUCGUCAAUACGACAUGAACUUGGAAAGGACGUGACAUUGAUCACCAUUGCCCAUCGCUUGCAGACUAUCAUGGACGCCGAUAAGAUUAUGGUUCUCGAUGCCGGAAAGCUGGUUGAGUUUGGCACACCAGCUGACUUGCUCAGCGAUGCUAAAGGGAAACUCCGUGCCUUAGUGGAUGAAUCUGGGGACAGAGAGAAGCUGAUGGAAAUGGCGCAACCCAAGGGCACUACAUGA